AAAUAAGAGGAAGAGCCCCCUUUUCGUCAGUGUAAACGGAAGUUAACGUUGACCAAGAACAAUUUCUUACGGUAGCGUUUUUAUUGUUAUUUAGACGUUUAUUAACACCCUGGAAUUCAAUAUGAAUAAUUUGAUUGCACAGCAUCACAUACUUAACCCCAUGUAGUCUUUAAUUCGCGUUGUAGACAGGACGAUUAAUGUUAUCUAGCUAGCUAGCUAGCUACUAACGUUAGCUAACAAUGGCUAACUGUAUGGUUUUUCACACUCAAAUAGCCUCCAUCAUGGAGGUUCUAGCGAAUGCCGCCGUGGCAGAGAUCUGUAAACUCGUAGACGACGACUAUGCAGUGUUUCGUUUGGAAAUAACUCAAAGCCAGAAAGAAAACAGGGUAUUGCGGAGGAAACUACAGCUACAUGAACUGAAGGUGUCACGGGAGCGCGCAGAGAAGACAGCGCGAGAGCGCGUCCUCGCUAGUCGUCCCAGUAGUGUCAAGAUCCUCGACCGAUACAGAGGAAUGGCAAGAGGUGAAGGACAUCUCACUCGAGGUCACAGGGGCUUUGUGAAGCCAGCGGGACACAACAUGGGUAGAGAUGACCAACCAAUCACUGUUGAUGAGGGGAGAGGAACCUCAACCCAGCAUGUUAUCGUGAUAGAGUCUGCAGAUGCAGAGGCUGCAGGUCCUGGUGUCAAGCUGGAGAGGUCUGAAGGAGAGGAGGACCCACAGCACAGCAGAGACAUCCAGUCUGGAGAAGCGGCUGGAGUGGCAUCCCCUGUAGCCACAGAGGACCUCACUGCACCCCAGCCCAGGAGCCAACGCAGCAUCACGGAGGAGGAGGAGGGUCCAGAGGUGCUGCUGGUGAAGGAGGAGGGGUGUGAGGAGGAUCUGGCAAACCCUGAGGGGACCAUGGUCAUGGAGGACAACCCGACUACACCACCUGCUGAACCCACAGAAGAACCAGCUGAGCAGCACAGGACCACACACAAUCUCACUGAGUCAGUAGACAUGGAGGAUGGGAAGUCUGAUCUGCUGCUGGUCAAAGAGGAGACAAUAGAAGACGGACCAGAGAACAUUGAUCUGCUGAGUGGACUAAAGAUGGGGGAGCAAGUGACUCUCUCAGGUGAAGGACAUCUCACUGAAGGCCACAGGACCUUUGUGAAGCCAGUGGGACACAAUACAUGGCGAGAUGACCAACCAAUCACUGAUGAUGAGGGGAGUGGAACCUCAACCAAGAACAUUAUUGUGAUAGAGUCUGUAGAUGCAGAGGCUGCUGGUCCUGGGGUCAAGCAGGAGAGAUCUGAAAGAGAGGAGGACCCACGACACAGCAGAGAGAUCCAGACUGGAGCGCCACAUGUAGCCACGGAGGUCCCUACCACCACCGCCCCAGCACCGCCCAAUACCCAACAUAGCAUCAUGGAGGAGGAGGAGGGUCCAGAUGUGCUGCUGGUGAAGGCGGAGGGGUCUGGGGAGAGUCUGGGGAACCCUGAGGGGAACAUGGUCAUGGACAACCAGACUACACCUUCUCCUGCACCUAAAGAGGCACUAGCUGAGCAGCACAGGAACACACACAGUCUCACUGAGUCAGUUGACAUGGAGGAUGGGAAGCCUGAUCUGCUGCUAGUCAAAGAGGAGACAAUAGAAGACGGACCAGAGAGUAUUGAUCUGCUGAGUGGACUAAAGAUGGGGGAGCAAGGUGGUUGGCUGGAGGCUAACAGAGGAGACUGGGUGGACAUCUUGGAUUCCCAGACCGGUGCAGCCAGGGACCCGGGGGACAUCACCACCGAGCAGGCCAGGACCAGAGGUGACAUAGUGGAGGUCAGUGGAUGGAACAGCAUCCUCAACUCUGGGCUGGGGAUCAACACUGUUAACCAGAAACAAACAGUCGAACACAAAACAACAACUGAACUUAGUCUCCAUGACAACAGACUGGCUGAGAUCAGGGCAAUGCGUAGAGUUGGUCUGCAUGGACGGGGAGGUGUCCGUAUGCAGCUAGAGAGAACAGACAUUGACUUGGCUAGCAAUGAUCCGUCCUGCUCCUAUAGUUGUGAUUCAGAGAGACUGAUGGCGCCUCAGGUUACCCCACUAACAGGUGCUGCCUUCAGCCUGUCUUCUAUAGGAUCUAUCAACUGGAAUAUGGACCCUGCGACAACACAGACACUUCCUGGCCUUCAUCCUCCUCACACUCUCCUAAUGUUAAACCAGACCUCAGACAAUGCCUCAGACAAUGCAAGUUCCUCAACAAUAAAUGGCUACACAAGCCCAUUGACAAAUGACCGUAGUAGAGACAGAAUCAGUAAAGGUGGCAGCGCCAAAGAGAAGCGCUUCCGGUGUUCGUUCUGUGGGAAAGCCUUUAGUUUCCCCCAACAGGUGGAGAUCCACCAGAGGAUACACACAGGAGAGAAACCGUUCGGCUGCCAACUGUGCCGGGCCUGUUUUUCCCGAUCGUCCCACCUGAAGAGGCACCAGAGAGUCCACACAGGGGAGAAACCCUACAGCUGCCCCCAGUGUGAGAAGAGGUUCUCCCACCAGCACCAGCUAAAGAUGCACCUGAAAAUCCACACGGGAGAGAGGCCAUUCGCCUGUAUACACUGCGAGAAGAGGUUCUCAGAGAGGAGCUACCUCAGGAUACACCAGCAGAAAAUGCACAGGGACCAUGUAUAUGUAAUGUAGAACUAUAUAGUUUGUUUAUAGUUAAUUCUGUUGGUUUUGGAUAUAGAGGGAACUGGGCGAGGUGAACUGAGGAAAGAAUGAGUAUGAUGAGGCAGAGUAGAUGAUAUGGUGAUGGUUGAUGUGAUGGUGUCUGUAAAAAUGCUUCACUGAUGAAGUGACAACCUUGCCCUGUUUGAUGGUGUUUUAUAAUGAGGAAAUGAUCGUGCCUUAAUUCAUGUUUACUUGACAUAAACAAGUGAAGGUGUGUGUAAUGUAAUGAUGAACCUUUUCCUAUUCUAAACUUAAUUUUUAUCAAAGUAGGGUACCAGAUUUACAGAAAAGGUCAAGUGUGUGAGAAGUUAUUCUACUUGUCACGUAUUGUUUUGUGAAAUAAAAGUACUGUACUUCACGUUAUGUGAGUGUUUGACCAUUUUGUUGAAAUUAAAUACAAAAUUGACUUCA